AUGCUCGGGGACAAGGCUCAUGGUGUGACUCUGAAGGUGAUGGAAUACACGUACGACGAUGACCUGGAAGAGCUGUGUCCGGUCUGUGGAGACAAGGUGUCUGGAUACCACUACGGUCUGCUGACCUGCGAGAGCUGCAAGGGAUUCUUCAAGAGGACAGUGCAAAACAACAAGAGGUACACUUGUGCGGAAAACCAGGAAUGUAAAAUAGACAAGACGCAGAGAAAAAGAUGUCCUUUCUGUCGCUUCCAAAAAUGCCUCAAUGUCGGGAUGCGCCUUGAAGCGGUGCGUGCGGAUCGGAUGCGUGGGGGGAGGAAUAAAUUUGGCCCCAUGUACAAGAGAGACAGGGCCUUGAAGCAACAGAAGAAGGCUUUGAUACGAUCCAGCGGCUUCAAGCUGGAGAGCGCCGCCCCUCCGCCAUCCUCCCCUCUGCAGACUGACUACAGCUUUGCUGGCACCCUGCACACGCUGCCCGCCAUCUCCAAGAGCCUCCUCCCCUCCACCCCGAGCUCCAUCACCCCCACAGACUAUGAGACGAGCCUGUACGGCCCCGCGUCCCUGGGCAUGGCCAUGCAGGCCCACGUGCCCCUGGCCCCGCAGUACCAGUACACGGCCUUCCCCGGCCGGGCCAUCAAGGCUGAGUGUCCCGACUACACCAGCUCCCCCGAGUCCCUGACAGGAUACCCCUACCCAGACAUGUACCCGUCCGCCUCGCCGCAGCCGCCCAGCCUGCCGCCGCUGGUGCUGGAGCUGCUGCGCUGCGACCCCGACGAGCUGGCGGUGCAGAACAAGAUCGUGGCUCAUCUACAGCAGGAGCAGAGCGGCCGCGGCCGCCCGGACAAGCCCAACACCUUCAGCCUCAUGUGCCGCAUGGCCGACCAGACGCUCUUCUCCAUCGUGGAGUGGGCUCGCAGUUGCAUCUUUUUCAAGGAGUUGAGGGUCGGGGAUCAAAUGAAGCUGCUUCACAACUGCUGGUCUGAACUUCUCGUCUUGGAUCACAUUUUCAGACAAGUGCAGCACGGAAAGGAAGACAGUAUCCUGCUGGUUACUGGCCAGGAGGUGCAGGUGUCGUCCAUCCUGUCCCAAGGCGAGGCGGCGCUGUGUUCCCUGGUCCAGCGAGGCCAGGAGCUGGCGGCCAGGCUGCGGGCGCUGCAGGUCGACCGCAGGGAGAUCGCCUGUCUCAAGUUCCUCCUGCUCUUCAAUCCCAAUGUAAAGCUGCUGGAGAACCAAGCGUUUGUGGAAGGGGUGCAGGAGCAGGUGAACGGGGCUCUGCUGGAGUACACGCUGUCCACCUACCCCCAGUUCCAGGAUAAGUUCAGCCAGCUGGUGGUCCGGCUGCCGGAGCUGCGCUCCCUCAGCACGCAGGCCGAGGACUACUUGUGCUACAUGCACCUGAGCGGGGAGGUGCCCUGCAACAACCUGCUCAUUGAGAUGCUGCAUGCUAAGAGAGCAUGUGUGUGA